GAGCCCGGGUCCUUGCUGUGCGGCCUCAGUGGAGUGACCAGCCUUGCCUGGGCUCCAGUUUCCUCUCUGUAAACUGGGAGCAGGGUCUCCACCUUGGAGGCUGCUGGGGGGUCAGCCAGGCUGUGGGUGUGGCGCCAGGCACAGUGCCUGCUCCUGGGGGGGCUCUGAGUGGUUGGGGGGAGGGCAUCUCUGGGGAAGGUGGGUCCUGUCUGCCUGGGCAUCCUCUGGCUUCAGGCCGUCCCUCCUUCCCUCUCUGGUCCUCUGGGACAAGCUCUCCUCGCCGCCCUGUCCGGCUGGCACAACUUCGGGGCUGCCUCCUCCGGGCGGUCUUCCCAGAGGCCUGGUCGGAUUCCACGGCCACCUGGCUUCAGCGGGCCUCACCGCGUAGUCUCUCUGGCGUAGCUGCCUCCUCCUGGGCCUCCACAUCUCUGCCCUCACCUCCUCCUCUCUGUCCUCUAGAGUCAUGUUUGCAAAGCUGCUCUCUGCUCAGGAUACUGCCCUGCCAUGCAACGGCGCACCGCUUCUCAAGGACAUCCAAACCACUUGGCAUGCCCCCCCCCCGACCCCGGCUUCCCUUUGCAGCUCCAUGUCCUGCCCCUGCCCACCACCAACGCGACACCCCAUCACGGAGACAUCCUCGCAGUGACUCCAUGGAGUGCCAGGCCCUUCCCAGCUCCCGCCGCCUCACGGGACUGCGAGGAGGUGGGAUGGAGGCUGUCGGCCUUUGAUGGAGAGCCAACCAAGGCUCCGGGAGACUGGGCGUCUUGCUAUGCUACUCAGCAUCUGGACUUGAACCCAGGACUUCUGCCUCCAAGUGCACACUUAUCACACUGAACCACAAUUUCUCCAUACGCACUGUAUCUGCUAGUUCUAUCAUCUCCUUCUGGAACUCCUUUCCAUCCCAACCCCUUGUUGUUUUUCAAGGCUUGGCCCAGAUGUUGCCUCCUCCAGGCAGCCACCUUGGAUUCCUCCUCAGAUCUCCUGUUCCCUCCCCCUGAAGUCUGGUGCUGCCUUUUACUCAUGACCUUGGUUCAUCAUGGUCCUGGGAGGGAGAAGAGAUUGUGUUCUAGUGGCAGAGAUUGCUAGUUGCCCCCCAAUAUCCACUCUCCUCUUUUCCUAAAGUAAGAGAACUUUGAAUUCAAGCUGGGCACACGGCUGCCUGUUCAGGUUUGCAGCCCCCUGGCAGCUGUGUGCAGCUAUUCAACCAGACCCUUGCCAGUGACCUGUAAGGAGUGACCCAUGUAACUGCUGGGUCCUGCCUCUAGAGAAAAGAGAGGUGGCUUCCCUUUUCCCUUCCCCCUGUACCUACUGCUGGAUGUCAGCCAUGAUGGCAGGAGCUGGAGCAGCCACACUGUGGGAUGGAAGGUGGGUGCUGAGGGUCACAGAGCAGCAAGGUACAAAGAACCAAGACUGCUGAUGCACAGACUGUGUCAUGAGCAAGGGAAGAACCCUGCUAUCUCGUUUAAUACAGUGUUUUGGGGGCAUUUGUUAGGGAGCCAAAAUGUAUCUUAAUCAGUACAGAUCCAGAGAGAGGAGUCGGUCAACUGUUUGCAGAAGGACGACGUGGUUACUAGUCAGAGGUCAGCGAGCCAUAUCUGUGGGGGGUGGUGGAGGUGGGCUCUGGGGUAGCGGAAGGGGUGUGUCCAUGGAUUUGGGCACCGGAUCUGCCUCCUUGAGGGGCGGUUCCCUGGGCAGUUAGCUGAUGGGUUGGUGGCUCAGCUAUCUCUUCGGUGACAUGUGGGUGACAGUCUACCUCCAGGAGGCUCAGAUGAGAUGACACACUUGAAGGGCUUGGUUUUGAAAGUGCUCACUCGAGCUGGUUCCCCUCCAGGGCUGAACUGGCUUCAGGGAGCGCUGAAGGUCAUCCCUCUUCUUGCCUGCCCUCCGCCCCCCCCAAUUCAAGGGGCCUCUCUUUCCUCCUCUCUCCUCCCCCUGCACAGCCCUGCCUUUCCCUGGGGCAGGGCGGCUGUGGGGUUUAAUGAGCCCCCCAGACAACACUCAGCCUCUAGCAAUGACCAUUUUCUCACAGGACUCUUCCUGCACUUGGAUUAAUGGUCUCAGAAUCUUUGGAAAUGUCUGCAGAGGAGGAAGGGAAUUUCCGGAAGCUGUUCUUAAUACUGUAAAAUUGCAGCCCCCCCCAAAUGUUGCCCACAUGCCCCUCUGGCCCCCUGUGCCCCACAGUAAGCGGUCCUGACUUGACCCUUUGCAGGAGGCCUGCCCCCAGGAGCGCUGUGCCCACCGGCUCUGACUGCCCAGCCCUCUGCAAGCCAUGCCUCAUCACCCAGGAAGCUCCAGCAGGGACAGUGUGUCUGAGGGCGGACGGGAACGUGAGGAGCGGAGCAGAGAGGCCGUGAGCACCGGGGCCCAGGCGAGAACGGUGCCCUCGGAGGACUGCUGGUGCCUACCCUCUGUACUGGGGAGUGUGCGUCCCAGCCUCCAUGAGCCAGGAGUUUCCCACCACACAGAGCAUCUCUUGAGCAGGGGCGGCCACUCCGAGGAGCCAGGUCUGUCCAGUGAGAUGCAAGGGGACGUUUACUGGAAGCUUCUGGGAAACGUUUUGUCCUCCCUGAUAAGAGAAGCCAAAGGCAUUCCUAAAUGCUACAGGAUUUCAUGCCAAGACGGGGCUGGAACCGAUGUUCUGGCACUAACCGGCAGAGUCCCCUGGACAGGAGCAGGUGGGGAACGUGGCAGUGUUGGAAAUGCCGGCUCUGAGACCCUGAGGGUCCUCCAGCCCGAUGUGAAGACAGAAAGGAACACUGCCUCCCAGUUCUGUGGCACCCGCUUCUCGGGGUCCCCUGAGGACACCCUGAUCCCGGCAGAGGUGGGUGAGGAGAAGCCAGGUGACCGAGGUCUCCCAGGGGUGAGCACACAGUGGGUCAGGCCUGGGAGCCCCCAGACCCACACCAGGCAGGAGACCAAGGGCCCAUUUGGCCAAAGUGAAAGCACGUACUGUGUUGAGCGCCCCCUGCGUUCAUUCCUCAGACGUAGAGUGUGUACCUACUGUGUGCCGGGCCCUCACCCACCAAACAUUCCCUACGCACCUACCACGUGGCACAGAGACGUCGGAGGGCUCUCGGCACGGGACAGACAAAGUCCUCUUGCCGUGCAUGGUGGCAGGGAGAUAGGUCAGGAGGCUGCUGAAGGACCAAGGACCCCAGAGAAGGGACAGAGGCCUCAGAUACAUCCCUGCUCCUCCAAAGCCCGCAGCCCAGCCAGGGCCCCACUGGGGUGCAGCCCAGGCCGGGAGGAUCUGGGUGCGCCAGGAGACUGGGUGUCACCGGCCUCCGUGCUGCCCCCAUGA